UAGCUUUUCCCUCAGAUACCUUUUCCCCAGAAAUGUGUCAUCACUCUUUUGACGAACUCUUAACUUCCUGUCUUGAAUUCCCACCAUACUUUAUCAACGGUCACCCAACUUUGACAAGAUUAUUUGAAAAAUGGUGAUGAUAAUUUACUUAAGUUCAACAGACUUACAAAGUGCACUUAAGUUUAAUAAUUGUGUUUUUAUCAGCCUAUCUUUUUCACCAGAGCUUACAUUUCUCACAGGCAGGGACUUCAUCUUAAUCAACACUGAGAGCUCAGAAUGAAUCAUGAUGCCUGAAUGAAGUGGCUCCAUGGGUUUAAAUGCUUAUUUGACCACUUGUCUACUGAAUGCAAAAUGAAUAAUUCAACAAACUCCUCCAAUAAUAGCCUGGCUAUUAGCAGUCCUUAUAAGACAUUUGAAGUGGUAUUUAUUGUCCUUGUGGCUGGAUCCCUCAGUCUGGUGACUAUUAUUGGGAACAUCCUGGUCAUGGUUUCCAUUAAAGUCAACCGCCACCUGCAGACUGUCAACAAUUACUUUUUGUUCAGCUUGGCCUGUGCUGACCUCAUCAUAGGUGUUUUCUCCAUGAACUUGUACACCCUCUACACUGUGAUUGGCUACUGGCCUCUGGGACCUGUGGUGUGUGACCUUUGGUUAGCUUUGGACUAUGUGGUCAGCAAUGCCUCAGUCAUGAACCUGCUCAUCAUCAGCUUUGACAGAUACUUCUGUGUCACAAAACCUUUGACCUACCCAGUUAAGCGGACCACGAAAAUGGCAGGCAUGAUGAUUGCAGCUGCCUGGGUCCUCUCCUUCAUUCUCUGGGCUCCAGCCAUUCUCUUCUGGCAGUUCAUUGUAGGGGUGAGAACUGUGGAGGACGGGGAAUGCUACAUUCAGUUCUUUUCCAAUGCUGCUGUCACCUUUGGCACUGCCAUUGCAGCCUUCUACUUGCCAGUAAUCAUCAUGACUGUGCUAUAUUGGCAUAUAUCCCGAGCCAGCAAGAGCAGGAUAAAGAAGGAAAAGAAGGAGCCCGUGGCCAACCAAGAUCCAGUGUCUCCAAGUCUGGUGCAAGGAAGAAUAGUAAAGCCAAACAACAACAACAUGCCCAGCAGUGAUGGUGGCCUAGAACACAACAAAAUCCAGAAUGGCAAGGCCCUCAGAGGUGCUGUGACAGAAAACUGUGUCCAGGGGGAGGAGAAAGAGAGCUCCAAUGACUCCACCUCAGUCAGUGCUGUUGCCUCUAAUAUGAAAGAUGAUGAAAUAACCCAGGAUGAGAACACAAUAUCCACUUCCCUAGGCCAUUCUAAAGAUGAAAAUUCUAAGCAAACAUGCAUCAAAAUCGUCACCAAGACACAAAAAGGUGACUCAUGCACCCCGAGUCAUACCACUGUGGAGCUAGUUGGAUCUUCAGGUCAGAAUGGAGAUGAAAAACAGAACAUUGUAGCCCGCAAGAUUGUGAAGAUGACUAAGCAACCUGCAAAAAAGAAACCUCCUCCUUCCCGGGAAAAGAAAGUGACCAGGACAAUCUUGGCUAUUCUGUUGGCUUUCAUCAUCACCUGGGCCCCAUACAAUGUCAUGGUGCUCAUUAACACCUUCUGUGCACCCUGCAUCCCUAACACAGUGUGGACAAUUGGUUAUUGGCUCUGUUACAUCAACAGCACCAUCAACCCUGCCUGCUAUGCACUUUGCAAUGCCACCUUUAAGAAGACCUUUAAACACCUCCUUAUGUGUCAUUACAAGAAUAUAGGCGCUACCAGGUAAAAGAGUCUGGAAAAGAAGGAAGGAGGUCAAAGGGAGCUUGAGAAGAAUAAAAAGGAUGAAAGAGCCCCCACGUUUAAGAUCUCUGCCAUUGCACUUUAUAGUCUCAUUAUGGAAUGUGCAAUUAAGGAGCUCAACUGUGACACUUCGCUCGUGCCCAUGUUUUAGUCUGAUAAAACUUGUAUCUUAUCAAGCCAGUCAGUUAGGAGCAAGGGGACAAUGAGACAUGUUGGCAUUGCUGAUUUAAGGGGCAAUUUCUGCUGUCUCGUACUUUUCUGAGAAGUACUUCUGAAUCUGCAGUUGUACCAGUCUCUGCACAAGAAGAAUAACGUUGAUCCCUUUUUGUUUCUUUGUUGUUGUUCUCAUGGGUCUGUGCAUAAGGAUGAAAUGGCACAGCUGCAAGCUGACAUGGAGACUGGAACAUACAGAAAUGGACACCACACAAUGGAGAUGUGAGGAGAGCAUUCAAAAGGAGGCAGACAUGGUCUCCAGAGUAUUGAGUGUGUUCUGUUCUUGUUGGAGGACAUUAUUUGCAGGAUUGUAAUGUAAUCAAUGCAUAUUUUUUCACCUUUUCUUUUUCCUACCAUAAAAAGCAAACAAAUAAACACAGAACUCCAUGUAGGUCACGCCAUUUUUUUUUCUUGUUACAGCAUUAAUUUUUGUACCUUCCUGCUCUACAUUGUGUAUAAGUAAAAUCUGCAACAUUUUCAGUAAAUCUAGUUAGAACCAGCCAUGCAUAUGGGCACUUCAGCCAUCUCUACUAUGUCCUCGGUAUUCUUGGUGGUUACAAAUCUCUAUAAGCAUUUAGUUCACCUCUGAUGUUUUGUGUAGAAUUUUUUCACCAAUAUGUUUUUUCCCCUGAAGUAGCCUUUAUUUUAACAGAAUAGUCUACUGGAAACAUAAAUGUGCUUGAGGAAAAAAGGCAUUCCAAAAUUAAUUUCAUCAAUUAAAAAACGUUCAAUCUAGUUGGAGAAAGUUCACUGGGGCCAGAGGAAUUUUGAGAUGAGAAAAUAGACAGUGAAAAGGGCACUGUGCUUGACCCGGAAUCUCCGUGACCCAUGUAUGGAAUGUUAACUUGUAUAACAUGAACUCCUGACUUUGCAGGCAGGAAGAUGUUGCUUUGUCCACUUGGAAUUUUAAACAUGAUUAGUUUGCUGGGACAGUCCCAAGAGACUAAGACCUUCUGCUCGAUGCCUGCCAAUGGAUGAUAUUUAAAUUAUUAUCAAGGAUGACUGUAACCAUUCUGUGACAGAGUGAAAGAGGAAAAUGUAAUUCACAAAUAUUUACUGAAACUAUAUAUCCCAUGUUCCUCAAAUUGUGAAUUCUCUUUAAGAUCAUUUGCCUUUAAAAUUCUCCAAGCUGUAGAAUUAUAGUAAUCUUUGUGAUAGAAAUAUAGUGGCUAAAGAUACCAAACAAGUUCACAGAAUAUGACAGAAAAAUGUAAGUGGUCCUUCACACCCCUUCUCACCAUCUAAUUCUAGACCAUGAAAAACCCAUGUCAGAAAUGAUUAUUUAAGUGGUAGCAUUACAUGAAAUACUAUGUUGGGACUUUUUAUUUGAUAGUCAAACUAAAUACAAGAUUUUAUUGAUUCCCAUUUAACUGUUUAGUUUACCUCUUGUACCCUUUUUUGUAUUAUUCACUCUUGUCUUCCAAUAACAUUUUCUAAAAAUGACCUAAAUGAUAGAAAUUAAAUUUAUAAAUGCCUUUUCAAACUUCAUAUUCUGCUUUAUAAUAUCUUGCCCAGUAAUACCGAUAUGAGCUACAUGAUGAAUAUAUGUCAGUAUUAAGCCUCAGAACUUAUUAGCACUAUUUUAUAUGACUUUUGUCAUUACUGGCAUCUCAGUAAUUUGGGGAGUCUUUAAAAAAAUAAGCACAAGGGAAAUGAAAAACAAAUGUUGUAAAUAAGAAGCCAAUUGCCAACAAUAUUUGAACAUAUUCCUUAUAAAAAUAACUCCAUGUUCAAAUUAUUUCAUUUGUCUCUCCCCAAAAUCUUUAUGUGUGCACUUAUAGCAUCAGUUCAUUAAAUCCAUUUAGUCCACAAUUAUACCGCUGCAUACUUUUACAUUUUUAAAUCCAUAUUUUUUCUUCAAAUCAACCAAUGAAUUGAGCAGAAAGAACAACAAGCCAAUGGGCUUCUUGAUUUUCUGUGAACAACAAAAAAAAUAGCCUACUGUUUCACUUUUUAAACAUGUUACAGUAACUUGAUAUAGGUUUAACUUCAGUUGGGAUAAACCUUUGGAGCCCUGAAUUCAGGUUUGGAGAUUUUGUUAGCCCUCUCAGCCAAGUCAUCAUGAGCCCACCUGUCUCACUCUCAUUGACCCUGCAUCCUUCCCUUUCUCUGUUUGUUCUUGAUAUGUGCCCAAGCUAUAACUUUAUUGAAAGAGGAACUGUAACAUUCAAGAAAAAAUUAAAAACAGAUGAUACUAUGGAAACCUUUGCAAUAAGAAUCGGAAAAUAGGAAGGAUGAUUGUAGAUAAGUGGAGCAAUAGAGACUAUAGUCAAAGACUUGCAUUAACUGUUGCUGGUUUUGCUUAUUCCAGUGAUGCUCAGUCAUGGGCAACUUUCCUUCCAGGAGACACCCUCAAUAUGUAGAGAAAUUUUCAAUUGUCAAAACUGGGAGGAAGCAUGGUAUCCAGUGUGUAGGAGGCAGGCUUGUUGCUGUGGCUGCUGAGCAGGCUAUGAUGCGCAGGAUAGACUCCAUGCCCUUUCCAAACAAAAACUAGUUGCCUCAAAGUAUCAAUAGUGUCAAGGCUAAGAAACUCCUGUUUUUAUUAAAUUUCUAAAGUUUAUCUCCUGUGAGUGGGAAAAUAAUUUUAGUCUAGUUUUAGAUCAAUGAAAUUGCUUUCUGUUGGGAAAAAAAAAGGAAUACUCACCAAUCAUGUGUCAGAAACUCCCCUUCAUUGACUCUGAUAUAAUUGUAAUGCACUGCUUGAGAACCACGCCACAUCUGUAUAUUCAAACUCACCAGAACAUCCACAUUACUUCCAGCAUUUUAGUGUCUGAUCAUAAUCACCACAAAGUAUAAUUACGAGAUUGCAGCAGUUACUUACCAAAAUGGUUGCAGUUGAUAACGGUCAGUUUCAGCUGGAGCUGCCAUUUUUCCUUUCAACAUAAUGAAACAUGCCUUUAAAAGCAAUGAUUCAUUUCUUUUGUUUUCCCUUGAAACAUCAGUAUAUGUCCAGUAUUUAUUUCUUCUCUUCUUGCAGCAAUAAUGUAAAUAUAAUAGAGUGAUCUUGUAAGAAGAUGAAUUUAAGAAUACAAGGAGACCCAAUUCAUUUCUUAACAAAAUAAAUGAUUGUCCUUUUGCCAGUCCACCAUUAAUUUAACAUCGGAUCGCAAGUUUUUCGUCUAAGUCAUCAAAAUAAUAAAUCACCAGGUAUUUGAGUUGUAGAAGCUGGAGGUCCCACCUACUCCUGCUUUUUGUCUACUCAUUGCUUUUCAAUUCAGAAAAGAUGACACUGGGGGAGAUAGAAGUUCAUAUUGAUGGCAACAGUUACUUAGCAAUGAACUCUACUUUUAUUUUCUCCUACUUAGUUCAUGGACAGUUACUUCCUCCCCACCAGUUUGAUAAUAUCCCUUUCAACAACCAUAGCAUUGGCAUUCAAAUAGAUUAGGAAAGCACCCACAGCUGGAUGGACUUGUGCAAAGUAUAUUUUCAGCAUGUAUAUACAAUACCACACCUCUUCAAUAUGCUUCUGUUAAAGAGGUGGAUGCUGUAGCAUGAACUGUGUGCAUAUUUAAUGUAUCUUUCU